AUGCAGUUCCGCAUCACUAAUAACAUGGAGUCCACCCCAAUGCCGUUCUACAUGGGCUGGCACCCGUACUUUCACUGCGUGCCAAACAAGGCCUACGUGGUAUUGGAUCCCUGCACGUCAUGGAACCACGUGGAACUCGAUGCUAACAUGGACCCCACUGGUGAGACUACGAGGUAUCAUGGCCUCAACGGAUCAGACCCAAUCGGUGGUACACUCUUAAACCCAACAUUCUACGACGACGAAUUCAAGCCGAUAACCCCCAGGAAACCAAGAUGCGACUAUAUACAGACGAGGCUCUAUGAUGAACCCACGCAGCAGACAGUUGUUCUGUGGCAAGACAGCAGUUUCCGCUUUGUUUACGUGUUCACCGGCCGCCAGGGAGCCAUUGCCGUGGAGCCAAUGUCGGGGAUGGCAGAUGCCUACAACAACCACGACCAUCUCUCUGUACUGAGUGGAGGAGAGACCUGGAGUGGCAGUGUCGGUGUCUACGUGGAGUGA